AUGGAUUAUCGAUUUAAUGGCGGUGACGGAGCAAAUCAAGUGCUUGAUGUUGAACGAUGUGAAGAACAAGCAGAGGAAAUCACGUACCCAUCAUCUCCAUCAUGGAGAACCCAAAAUAUGGGUUUAGACUUGGAUCUACACAACUGGCAUCUCCAAUCGACAACUUUUACCCAUAUGAAUAAUGGUUUUAACCCCAUUGCAUACAACCACGAUGUUGAUGGGUUCGUAUUUUUUAUUUACGUUGAUGCAGGGAAGAGGGAUUUGUCAAAGAGAACGAGAUCAAAGAGGGACAUGAAGAAGGUGGAGGAGAUGAGAGUUAGAGUUUUGGGUGUCGGAAGAUGUGCAAUGAUGGCUGAAGAGGGGGUGGCAGGGAUGAGAUGCGUCUGUGAAGAUGAUGGGGGUUUCAACAAGCCAUCAGUUGCGAAAAAGAAAAGUGGCUGCUGGGGCACCAUUGCAAAUAUUCCAAAAAUUCUAGAAAAGGAUAGUGUAUCUUUUUCGAAUCAUUUUCACCGGUCUCGGAAUCCCAAUGGGGUUCUCAAAUGGUCUUGGUCGCUCGAACCUUCUGGGGUAUAUUCGGUUGGGUCUCUAAGAUGUCACAUUGACAAACUCUCUCUUCCAGCUAGCGAUGGCAUAUGGUCCUGGAACCCCCCGACUCCAGGAAAAUUAAACAUUCUUGCUUGGCGUAUCUGUCACAGUAAACUCCCCACUAUGGUUAAUUUAUCAAAAAUCGGUAUAUGUUCCUCAAACUUAUUCAGGAUCUGUCAUGGAGCUCCGGAAUCUAAACAACAAAUUUUUUUAGAGUGUGCGGAUUAUAGGGAGGUUUGGCAACUUAUCUGCAAAUGGUGGCGGUUGUUGGAUUAUCCUCUGGUUUCAACGCGAGAUUUGCUACAGUGUAAAGGGAAUAUUGCAGGGCAUCAAAGGCUAGCAUGGAUUCAUAAAGCUAUAAUGGUAACUUUUAAAUGGGUGAUAGAAUUUAAGUGCUCACUCGCAUGCUCCAAUUUCAAAGUCGCAAUCCGCGCUGGCUUAUGCGGUGAAAUCUCUCUCGAUCUUUUGGAUCAAUGCUAG